CUGCAAUUCCAGCAAGUUCGGGACACUCUUUCUCCGUCUCUCUCCGGCUCUCCCUACAUUUCCUGCGCGCGUUAGCAAACGCCCUCAGCUUCGCUUCAUAUCCACAGCUGUUCUCUCAUCAUUAUCAUCAUCCAUGGCGGUCAGCUCCACCACCGUUCAACCUGGUCGGAUCAGGGUUCUUAAACAAGGUUUGAAGCCGUACAGUAAGAAUUUGGGUCCCGUAGUUUACUGGAUGUUCAGAGAUCAAAGGGUCAGAGACAAUUGGGCUUUAAUCCACGCCGUUGAGCAGGCCAACAAAUCCAAUGUCCCUGUUGUCGUUGCGUUCAAUCUGUUCGAUCAAUUUUUGGGCGCCAAAGCUCGGCAUUUAGGGUUUAUGUUGAGGGGUUUGCGAAAAGUUAAUCUGUUGCUCGAAGAAACCCUUCAAAUCCCAUUUUUCUUGUUCCGGGGAGAAGCUGAAGAUACCAUUCCGAACUUUGUGAGAGAAUGUGGGGCUUCGCUUUUGGUUACAGACUUUUCGCCUCUACGGGAAAUUCGGAAAUUUAAGGACGAAAUUUGCAAGAGGGUUAGUGAUUCUGUGACCGUGCAUGAAGUUGAUGCACAUAAUGUUGUACCCACUUGGGUUUCAUCUGAGAAAUUGGAGUAUGGUGCUCGGACUAUAAGGAGUAAGAUAAACAAGAUGCUUCCAGAGUACCUCAUUGAUUUUCCUACAUUGAAUCCACCAAUUGCAAAAUGGAGUUCUACAACUCAAGUGAUUGACUGGGAUGCCAUAAUUGCGGAAGUUUUGAGAAAAGGGUCAGAAGUUCCUGAAAUUUCAUGGUGUGAACCAGGAGAAGAGGCUGGAGUGGAACUUUUGAUGGGUAGUAAAGAUGGGUUUUUGACGAAAAGGCUGAAGAAUUACUCAGCAGACAGAAAUAACCCUUUGAAACCCAGAGGACUUUCUGGCCUGUCACCAUAUUUGCAUUUUGGCCAGAUAUCUGCACAGAGGUGUGCCUUAGAGGCUCGUAAUGUCCGGAAACUCUGUCCUCAGUCAGUUGAUGCGUUUCUAGAGGAGCUGGUUGUGCGAAGGGAACUUGCUGAUAACUUCUGCUUCUACCAGCCUCAUUAUGAUUCGUUAGAAGGGGCUUGGGAAUGGGCACGCAAGACAUUGUUGGACCAUGCUUCUGAUAAGCGCGAACAUCUCUACACGGAUCAACUGGAGAAGGCACAAACAGCUGAUCCUCUAUGGAAUGCUUCCCAGUUGGAGAUGGUUUACCAUGGAAAGAUGCAUGGAUUUAUGCGGAUGUAUUGGGCGAAAAAGAUUCUUGAGUGGACAAAAGGACCAGAAGAAGCUCUUGAGAUAUCUAUAUAUUUAAAUAACAAGUAUGAAAUAGAUGGGAGGGAUCCAUGUGGAUAUGUGGGUUGCAUGUGGUCAAUAUGCGGCAUUCACGACCAGUCCUGGAAUCUACAACAGAUACAGACAUUGGAAUGGAAUGGUUCGUUUCCGAUAGUAUUUGGAAAAAUACGUUAUAUGAACUAUGCAGGAUGCAAAAGGAAAUUUGAUGUGGAUGGUUAUAUUGCAUAUGUCAAGAGGCUUGUGGGUGAAAUGAAGAAGAGAAAAGCAGAAGACUUAUCGAGUAGAAAGUUGAAGGAACUCCGUAGAUAGAUGGUAUCUUGGGCUUUUUAUCUGAAUAUUGACAUUUUCUGCUGCUUCCCAUUGAGUAUUAUUUAAUGAAACAAAGCUCGUUUAGAAUUAGAAGCCAGGUUUUUAAUUUGAUAGUUCUAGAUCUUCCAGCUGACCAAUUUAGGAUGGUUAUUAAUUCCCAAAAAACAAAAAAACAAAAAAAAAAAUUAGGAUUUUUUUUUUUUUUUUGACUUUUCCAGUUGUACCCUCUCGACAACUGUGCAUGUACCAUCCAAGAGAAGAAUAUGUAUGUAAAUUGACAACCUUUCAAUGACAUGUACGCCACCUCCAAUUCCGUAAGAAAAAUGUAGGCGCUUAUUCUUUUUGGGUGAAAAAUGCAGGCACUUGUUUGGUUAUAGAAA